GUUUUUUCCUUCUCGCUGUUUGCAGAGAUUGAAGCCAGAGAGGCCUGUGAUUGGCUGCGAGCCGCCGGCUUCCCUCAGUACGUGCAGCUGUUCAGAGACUGCAGGCUUCCUCUCGACGUCGAGGCGGCGAAACGCGACCACGGCUUCCUGGACGAGGAUUCCGUCAGCUCGCUCUGCAGGAGGUUAAAUACUUUAAACAAAUGCCUGGAAAUGAAGCUGGAGCCGAGGAGAUCCAAACACCGGGGGGAAGACUGGGAUGAGGAAGACUUUUGCACCAUCAGCCCCAAAUGGACCUUUGACAGAUGGACUCGACGGUGGCGACGCCUCGACUCCAACGAUGAGGUCCUCAGUUUGUCCUCCGGUCCAGCCGGGCCUCUGGACCAUGAUGUCAGCUCUAUCCACAGCUCCAACAGCACAGACAGCGACAAGCACCACACGGAUCUGGGAGAACUGGUUCCCUCUGCUGUCAACAGCAGUACAACAGAGGAGCAGGAGACCAGCAGGAGCUCCUCUCGUUGCUCUUCUACAAACAGGACCCGGUCCCUGGACACCUCGCUCAGUGGACCUCCGUGCUCCGGAGGAGGAUCGUCCUCGGUCAGUCUGGAAACUGAAGGCAGCUUCAGGAACAAACCACCCAGGAGGAAGUGCACCGCUCUGCUGAGGAAGAUGGAGAAGCUGAGGGGGGACCGGCGUCACGUUGGUAGACUGGUUCUGGUUCCAGAUGAGAAGACGGACCGCCGGGCCCACCCACUGAAUCCACAGGCCCGGUCCAGCAGUCACUCAUCUUCAGCGCUGUCGACUCCUCCCACCAGCAGCAGCAGCCAAUCGGAGAGCAGCAGCACCAUCAGCAYGCCCAGUCCCGUCACCCGGGUCCGAAGGAACUGCAAACGCUCCAACAGUGGUGUGGGCUUGACCCAGAAUGAUCAGAACCACACAGAAACUGAGAUCCUGAACCAGAUCAACAGCAGCAGCAAAGACCACCUGGUCUUCCAGGUCCCCCAUGGACACAAACCUGGGACCUUCCCUUCCUCCCUGGCCCACAAACACAUCUUGUCCCCGGUCAUCGACAGCACCUCUGUUAAAUGGAGGACCGGCAGUUUCCACAGUAACUGGGGGCAACACGGCUCCAGAUGGGGCGGGUCUUCCCUGACUGCUGGAGACCAGAGUCCCGAGUCCUCGGGUCAGAUCGUAGAGGCGGACCACCGGCUGAGCGUCUACGACAAUGUGCAGCUGUCAGAGAGCGACGGUGGAAGUGACGCCGAGCAGCCAGAGGUGGAUCAUCUGAUGGCAGGCGAGAACGUUUUCUCCGCCCUUGAUGAUGUUCUGGAACGAAUCAGUGACCUCCAACAGCUGGUCUCCUCCUGGUCUGAGGACAUAUCUGAAAACGACUUCCAGAGAGGCUCCUCCUCCUGCCAGGACUCACCUGAAUGUUGCUCCUCCUCCUGCCAGGACUCACCUGAAUGUGGCUCCUCCUCCUGCCAGGAAUCACCUAAACAUAACUCCUCCUCCCACGUCUCACCUACACAUGGUUCCUCCUCCUCUGGCCACAUCCAUCUGAGGCUGCAGCAUCCAGAGGAACCUGAGAACCAGAAAACCAGAUCUCCCCGACUGCAGAAAAGGGUGAGCCGACAGCUGUGGUGGUCCAGCGAGCAGAACCUGUCCCCCCAGCCCCCGGGUCCAGGACUGGAGGUCCAGUCUGCCUCUCAGAUCCUGCUGCUGCAGAAAAUGUCUGUGCUGAAACUCACGGCUCUGAUGGAUAAAUUCUCUGGGUCCAGCAGGCAGGGCUGGAGCUGGACCGUUCUGAAAACCCAGAGGAAGAUGUUGGAGGUGGCAGGGGGCCGGGUGUUCGGGGUUCCUCUACUCGUCAGCGUUCAGCAGACUGGAGAAGCUCUUCCUCCCUGCAUCCUCAGAGCCCUGGUUUACCUGAAGACCCAGUGUCUGGACCAGGUGGGUCUUUUCAGGAAGUCAGGUGUGAAGUCUCGGAUCCAGUCCCUCCGUGAGGCGGUGGAGUCCGACCCAGACCAGGUGUCGUUCCAGGGUCAGUCGGCUUUCGACGUGGCCGACCUGGUGAAGCAGUUCUUCAGAGACCUGCCUGAACCGGUCUUCAGCACCAGACUCUGCAGGACCUUCCUGCAGAUCUACCAACGUGUCCCACAGGACCAACAGCUGGUCGCGGCUCAGGCGGCCAUCUUGCUCCUGCCGGAGGAGAACAGGGCGGCUCUGAGGACGCUGCUCCUCUUCCUGCAGGACGUGACCCGUGUCCCCGAGAACCAGAUGACCCCGACCAACAUCGCUGUGUGCCUGGCACCGUCCCUGUUCCACCUGAACGCAGCGAAGAGGGACACCAAGUCAGCCAGGUCGGGUCACAGGAAGUCCAGUCUGGGACAUCCGGACCAGCGGGACCUGAGUGAGACCCUCGCUGCCACCCAGGGUCUGUCGAACAUGAUCGCCGAGGCKUCCAGACUUUUCCAGCUUCCAGAGUUCUGGCCCAGACAGAGUCUCAACACUCCCGGACCCACAGAGGAGGUCCAGUCCGGUCUGGAUGGACGUCACCGGCUGCAGCUGAGCACCCAGCAGCUCCUGAAGGAGGCCCGGGAGGAGGGUCUGGACUGGGAGAACCAGCCGGGUCUAGAGCAGGUGGAUCUUGCCUUAAAGAAGGCGGAGGACGGGUGUCCUCUGGGGACGUGGCGCGGCUCGGUGGAGGUGGACGCUCCUCAACAGGACCUGCUGCACCGGCUGCUGAGGGAGCAGAACCUGUGGGAACAGAACCUGCGGCACGCUGCGGUGGUACAGACUCUGUCCGAGGACUCGGAGGUCUACCACUGCGUCCUCCAGGGUCCGGGCCACGAGCUGGGCUCGCAGCCUCCGCAGGACCACCUGCUGCUCAGAACCUGGCAUGGGGACCCGUCCUCUGGACCACUGUACCUGUCCUCGGUGUCCACGGACCACCCGGGGGUUCAGUCGAAGGGGGUCCGGGUUCAGGUCCACGCUUGCCUCUACCUACUGGAGCCCACAGGGACCAUGAAGACCCGACUGACACACCUCUGCAGGACCGACACCAGGGGUCGGUCCCUGGACUGGUACAGCAGAGUGAGCGGACACCUUCUGGCCUCGGGUCUGUUGGCCAUCAGAGAUUCCUUCAGACCCGGACUCAAAGAAACAAAAAUAUGAGUCGAACUAGGACCAGGAGGACUGGAUGGACCUGAAGGACUGCAGGUAAACACUCCUGGUUCUGGGCAACUGUAGUCUGGACCAGGUCGUAUCUGUUAAAGAGCAGCAGCUUCAUCAAUGAGAUGAGAACUCGUGACGCCAUCUUGGAAGGUGCUACAUGAGGUCAAAGAUCACCAACCUGAUACGACUGACUACGUGCUUCAGAUUAUAUCAUUUUCACAUGAAAGAGGUUUAUUUUAAGUUAUUACUUUAAAUAAAUGACGAAGUGGGCGGAGCCAUCUGAUGGUAGGCUGUUUCUGUAUCAUCUUCCUCUCUGCUGGUUUCAUUGUUUAAUUUAAGAUGUUUCUAAGAAUAAAUGUAAAUCCAGAGAUUUUUAAUCUUUCUGAAAACGUUUAGUCUAAUUUUUGGUGCCAAAUGUUGAAUUAAAACAAAUUUCUCUGAA